ACACCAAACCAGCGUGGGUUAUAACAUCACAUCUUCUUGAUGAAGUGUUACCAGCAUUUCAUUGGAAGGCUGACCAACUGAGACAUUUCUCUGGUUAUAACACAUUCACUACGCGGAUGUCGUCUCAUAACGAACCUGACCCAAAGCUCCAGUACAUCCCGCCGGUACCCAUAAAGCUAAUCGAUGAAGAUGACGACGAACAGCACGACGAAACAACCAUACCGGGCAUUACAAAGCACAAGCUACGAUCAUGGGCUGUUGAUGUGCAUAUAGGAGACUGCACCCUUGUCAAUGGCAGCAACGGUACUGAGAAGUUUGCCGUCUGGACAGUAUCGAUACAGACAGCCAGCGGUGGGCAUAUCAAGCUAUACAAGAGGUACAGCGAAAUGGACGCUCUGAGGCGGAAACUGUUAACCGCAUACCCUGAUAGGGCCAACGAGGUGCCAAAGCUACCUCCUAAGAGGUACUUUGGUAACAUGAAGAAUGACUUCCUGAUGAAGCGCCGUGGUGGGCUGGUGUACUUUCUCAGCUGCGUGCUGCUGAACCCGGUGCUUGCGAAUAGCCAGGCGGUAAGGUCCUUUGUUACAGAAUAGAGGAGUAUAGCUACGGAUAUCGAUGUCCUCCCCCCAUAACCACUGCAAAACAGCAAACACACUGUAGUUCACCAACAUCAGCGCCAUCUCCCAUGUCUGGUGAUGUUGAUGUUGACCUUUCCAAUCUGCGCGGUGGGAAACCACGCGCAGGCAGCGUCAACAAGGAAACACGCCUAAAAACAUGCUUCCAAGCACCUACAAACA